AUGGGCAAAGUCGGAGAACAAAAGAAUAGUUGGAUAAAUGUCUUUUCGCAAUGCGACCAUUUUCGUAACAGCCUAUGCAAUCUCAAAUUCAUACGUUUUCUUGUCCAACACGCUAUCGGCCUCUGUCCGCAUCCCGGCAGCACUUAUUUGGCUGCUGUACUGACCACCAUUUUCAACGAGGGUCACGUUGGGCCCUGGCUCAAAGCGCAUCGGUCGUGCUUGUCCGUUGCUGAGGCUUGUCACCCAUUAGAUGUCGCAUCUUCACUGGCCAAUUCAGUUGGUUCUGGGGGAUGGCGGAUAGCAGCAAAAGUCACUUUGAUACGUCCAGAUGACGCAGAAACGUCCGAAUGUCUGUGUCCUUGCAUGGGUGCGUUAUCCUAA